ACCCCCCAUAGCAUUCAAUGCUUAUGCGUCUAUUGCCUCACUAUAAAUAUUUCCAGUUACAACAAAAAUAAAAGACGCACCUCAAACUUACCAUAAUAUCAUUAUCUUCUGUUAUCAUGUCUGCUUUUCUUUGGCUCGUUGUUUUCCUUUCAUUGCAUGCAUGCAAUGCUCGUCAUCUUGUCCAAAGAGAGAAAGUUGGGAAAGGUUUAUACAAUCCUAGAAAGGAAAUAGAGGAUCAUAAGAGUAGGAGUUUGUCUCGUUCGAAGUUUUCCUUCAUUGAGGUAAAUAUAACAGAAAAGGAUCAUGACAACAAGGAUGAUGCAAGUAAGACAAAGCAUAAGGCACCAUGCAUGGAAGAAGACCAUCUUAUCAAAGGAAAGAAGACCGAAGCCUCAUCUUCUUCCCCAGAAGUUCUGCAAAUGACAAUCAGCUUAAAAGAGAAAUACAAGAAGGAAGAGCGAAGGAAGCUGGGAGAAAAGCUUGAGAAAGCCAAGGAAAGUGACAAUUCUAAUCCUAUGGAAGAAGAAGACGGUGAAGAUAUAGGUGUUAUGGAUUAUGUGCAACCUCAUAGAAAGCCACCUAUCCACAACAAAGAACCAUAAUUAAACUGUUUGAUCUUUCAACAGCUACUAUAAAUUUCUUCCUUGAAUGCCCUUUGUAAAAUAUAUAUUAUAUGCAAAUCUUGGCAAGAUUAAUGAUCAAGAUACUGUCAUGUAAAUCUACAUUUUCUUCUAGUGGAAAGAAUGUAGGUGAGAAUUAAAAUUUGGUGUUUUUCUCUUGGUUAAGGGAGGGAAGGAGGGAUGGUCCCCAUGUGUUGCUUUACAUGCAUGUUUUUUGUAUGAUUCUGUAUAAAUAAGAAAACAUAAUAGACGGGUGGUGUGCCCAUAUUUAA